AUGGAGUGUAAGAAGAAUAAGAUUCUUGUAUUUGGUGGAACUGGUUACAUUGGAAAAUAUAUGGUGAAAGCAAGUAUUUCCUUAGGUUAUCCAACUUUUGUGUAUACUCAACCUUUUCAUGCAAAAACUCCUUCCUCUAAGAUACAACUUUGCAAAGAUUUUUAUUCCUUGGGAGUAACACUUGUGGAGGGAGAGCUUGAGCAUGAUCAGAUAUUGAAAGUGAUUAAGCAAGUAGACAUUGUGAUAUGUACCUUUCCAUAUCCUCUUGUCAUGGAGCAACUCAAAAUUAUAGAUGCUAUCAAAGUUGCUGGUAAUAUCAAGAGAUUCCUUCCAUCAGACUUUGGUGUUGAAGAAGAUAGAGUCCAUCCUCUUCCUCCAUUUCAAGCUUUUCUUGAUAAAAAAAUAAAAAUUAGAAGAGAAAUUGAAGCAGCUGGAAUCCCUUAUACUUUUGUUUCUGCAAAUUGUUUUGGUGCAUACUUCGUCAAUUUCUUGCUUCGUCCACACGAAAACAAUCAAGAUAUUGCUGUCUACGGCAACGGUGAAACCAAAGCUAUACUAAAUUAUGAAGAAGAUAUCGCUAUGUAUACUAUUAAAGUGGCCAAUGAUGCAAGAGCACACAAUCGAAUAGUGGUGUAUAGGCCUUCGAAGAAUAUCAUCACACAAAAUGAGUUGAUAUUACUAUGGAAGAAGAAAACUGGUCAGAAUUUUAACAAAGUUUUUGUUCCUGAGGAAAAUAUUAUCAAGUUAUCACAAAAUUUGGCGCCUCCAGAAGAUAUUCCAAUUUCGAUUGUUCAUAGCAUAUUUGUGAAGGGUGAGAUGAACUUUGAGCUUGGAGAAGAUGAUCUUGAAGUUUCAAAACUAUAUCCGGAUUAUAAUUACACAUCCAUUGAUCAACUUCUUGAUAAGUUUCUUAUUGAUCCUCCACUCCCUGCAUCUGCUGCUUUUGAAUGA